AUGCUCGGCUCCGACGAGAAGCGCCGCCGGACCUUGGCCGCCGCCAUCCCGGACGACCUGCUCAUCUCCGAGGUCUGGUGCGUCUGCCGCUCGUGGCGCGACGGGAUCGCCGGCGCCGCCUUCGUCCACCGCCACCUCGAGCUGUCCCGCUCCAGCCCACCCUCCGUGCUUGCCAUACCCCGCGAGGUCGACCCGCACGACGCCUACGCGACGACGUCCGGUGAGAUCAGCUUCCACCGCCUCCUCCUACCACCGCCAGAACAGGCGCUGGGCACCAUUGGCACCGAGCUCAUCUUCGAGAAGGCGUGGCCGGAGGGCAUCACGCGCCUUAUCAUACCGACGCACCGCGACGGUUUGGUCGCGAUCGCCACGGCCACGAAUCACAGGGUGUUCGUCUGCAACCCGGCAACAAGAGAGUUCGUCGCGCUGCCGCUCGGCAGCCAUAACGAGCUACUACAUCUAGCGAGAUGCUGGUACUUCUACCGGAACUUCGGUGAGGUAUCCUUCGACGAGGCCACCGGCGAGUGGUCGCAGGACUGCACCGUCGGCCACGAGGUCUUCACGCUCGGCGCCGGCGACUCCUGGGAGGCCACCGAAUGCCCGCCGCACGCCGCCGGAGUUCAAAGGCCUGUAUGCACACGGCAGGCCUUCUACUGGCACGCCGUCGAAGAGCCACUUCUGAUUUGGUUCGGCCUGCGGGACAGGACGUUCGCGGUGGUGCCACGCCCUCCGGCCGGAUGGAGCCCCCACGACGACAUGGCGGACCUGGACGGGAGGCUGUGCAACGCCCACGCCGGCGCAGAGGCGGCGGCGUUCCAUGUCUGGCUGGCAGACGACAGGCCUGAGCUGCAGUGGUCGUUGCAGUUCCGCAUUGAGCUCCUCUACCCGCCGGACGAUCCCGAUAUCAUCCACUACAUGAGGCCGGUUAUCUCCGUUGGGAGCAAGAUGUUGUUAGCAGUGGUGGGCAAGUGCUCCUACCUGUUCUGGGGCACCAUGACGAACGAAGCUCAGCAAGAAGCGGUGGACUUGCAUCACGAGGUGCAGUACGAGCGACCGGACGGAAGCAAGUGCAUGAGCCAAUCGCAGGACGGAAGCUGA